AUGUAUGUCCAGGUAUAUUUCGUUAAAAUUGUAAUAUUAUUAGUUGUUAAUUUGUAUGUGGUCAGUGGAUUUGAGCCAAAAUUUACAGAUAUAAAAAUUAAAGAUUCUGAUGGAAACACUAUCCAAAUCCACAAUAACUUGACCUGUUAUGCAGAAAGGUACACUGAUGUGAGAUGUACCGAUUCCGGAUAUUACGUAGCGCCGUUAAUUUACCAUUAUGGAAUUAAACCUAUGGUAUUUCAAGAACAACAUAAUUGUACUAAAGACAAUCCCAGCGUGCUUCCGAUAGAAUGUUGUGUACCUGAUAGUAACGACUGUACAUUUGAGGAUACCAACCAUAUCAUACAAAUUUGGAAGAUUUGUGGCUAUUCGAGCCAUUGUAAAAGUCUUAUUGGUGGCCGAACCGAUAUAACAGAAGUUAAAAAUCACAACUGUGAUAAGAAGUUUAUAAAAGAAAGUGGCAUUACUACUAGUCAGUAUGCUUAUCUUAGAUAUGCUUGUUUACCAGAGAAAAUGGUAGUAAAUUUUGAUGGUGGAAAUGGUAAAGGGAUGACGUUGUUAUUAAAAACUAAAGAAGCGACCUACAACACUGGUAUCAAACUACAGUGUCAUAUUACUACAGAAAAUAAUAACGGUUUAUUAGUUCAGUUUGUCGAUGUUAGACUUUGUGGAGGGGUUACAAGAGUCUGUGAUCAAACUUUGACAAUAUUUAGGAAUGGGAAAGAAGCUGGAAAAGAGAACAAUGGAUCAAAAUUUGGGUUGGAAACUUGGUUUGGAUCGCCUGGUCAACCAAACGUGACAAUAACUUUUGAAAGACAGUCCCCAACAACAAAAUAUAAUAUAUUACUUUAUAUAACUAGCAUGAGAGGAUCCAGUGACAUCGAAAUCAAAUGUGACCAACCUUUACCAAUAACAACAACUACAACCACAACGACCACAACGACAACAACAGCACCACCAACAACAACAACUCCAUCAAGAGCACCAGCAACAGGUCCUACCAAAGCAGAAAAAGGGCAUGCAGAAAAAUCUCAAUCACCAAAUCCACUUUCUGAAGAUGGUGAGAUAGCGGGAGCAGGAGUAGCUGGUAUAUUAUUAGCAUCUUUAAUAUGUCACUGUAGAUAUAAACAUUUGAGAAACAAACGACAUAUGGAUGACAAUACUACACAGUUAAGUCCAUUAGAAAUACCUAAAUAUCCUCGACUUGGACCAGUUGGUGGAAACAGACAACCUUCUAUUGUUACUGAUUAUAUUGAGAGUGCAGAUUCGGUCUCUCAGGUGGCUGAACGGAAACGACGCCGGAGAAAGAAAAAAACAAGUGUGAUAUCUUUUGACAUUGUAGAUGAGGAUAACGCCUCAUCCAGAGCUGCGCUGAUACAAAUUCUGCUCAAGAAAUUAGAAGACCAUUCCGAUUUUGCUGUCGAAAUUCUAAAGCAUUGUGGCGAAAACGGUGAAGACGCUACAUAUAAACCAGGCACUCCAGAAUUUACAGAACAACUUAAAGCAGUUUUAGAAUCACUUGCAACUGAAACUUUAAGAGGAUCCCUUCACGAAUUGGGACAUUCUGGGGAUGGGGAGACCACUCUACUGUAGAACGAUGUCCUAUAGUCCACUGCGGCAAAGUUGUAUACAAUAAUAUAAUUUUUCAUAUAAGCUUUCAACGUUUUUAUAAUAUGUAUAUUUUAUUUUACCAAUUUACGCAAAUAUCACAAAAUUAUCUAUUCAUUUAUUUAAAGUAAUAUUUCGAUAAGAAUACUUACCCAGAGCAAAGGUGGAGGGUAUUUAUCACGCCCUGAACCAUUUAUAAAGUUUUUAGCCCCGUAAUAAUAUUGCGUGUUAAUAAAAAUAAACCAUAAUAACACCAUAAUAACUAUAUAUGAUAAUUCAAAUAAAUGUUUU